GAUCCCAACAUCAACUGUCCAAGGAGACAACACCAGAACACACAAUCAUUUUUCAAUUUGCCCUUAAAUAUCCUCUCUUCACAAAAAUAAGAAGACAUGGGGGGCAAAUCCGCAAGCAAGGCCGCUUACUUCGAUAAGCUCAAGGGCCUCCUCGACGAAUACAAGACCAUCUUCAUCGUCUCCGUCGACAAUGUCAGCUCUCAGCAGAUGCACGAGAUUCGUUUGAGUCUCCGUGGCGAGGGUGUUGUCCUUAUGGGUAAAAACACCAUGGUCCGCCGUGCUCUUAAGGGCUUCAUUGCUGAAAACCCUGAAUACGAGCGUCUCCUCCCUUUCGUCAAGGGCAACGUUGGCUUCAUCUUCACCAACGCUGAGUUGAAGGGUGUCCGUACCAAGAUUCUCUCCAACCGCGUCGCCGCUCCUGCCCGUGCUGGUGCCAUUGCCCCUGCCGAUGUCUUCGUUCCUGCUGGUAACACCGGUAUGGAACCCGGUAAGACCUCUUUCUUCCAGGCUCUCGGUGUCCCCACCAAGAUUGCUCGUGGUACUAUUGAAAUUACCACCGAUCUCAAGCUCGUCGAGGCCGGCGCCAAGGUCGGUGCCUCCGAGGCUGUUCUUCUCAACAUGUUGAACAUCUCUCCCUUCACCUACGGUAUGUCCAUCACUCAGAUCUACGAUGAUGGUCAGACCUUCGGUUCCGAGGUUUUGGACAUUGAGGACGAGCAACUCCUCAAAGCUCUCAGCUCUGCCAUUACCACUAUCUCCACCAUCUCUUUGGCCACCUCCUACCCCACUCUCCCAUCCGUCAUGCACUCUCUUGUCAACAGCUACAAGAAGGUCUUGGCUGUUGCCAUUGAGACCGACUUCAGCUGGCCCGAGAUUGAGGAGCUCAAGGACCGCAUUGCCAAUCCUGAGGCUUAUGCUGCCGCUGCUCCUGUCGCUGCUGCUGCCACUGGCGGUGAGGCUGCACCAGCUGCUGCUGAAGAGAAGGAAGAGUCUGAGGAGGAGAGCGGUGAUGAAGGAUUCGGUGGUCUCUUCGACUAAAUUGUCUGAAAAGGCAUUUUUGUGUUACGGGAUACGAAUGAAAUGUACUUGACAUAGGUCGCAUGAAUCGAUACUCGUGAUAGAUUAACGAAUGAACUUCAUCAAAAAAUUCGAGGAUAACAAGGACACAGUCGAACGAUCUUUCGUAGACCCGGUACAAUACUGGAUCUACGUCAGUAUAUCACAUUUAAGUAAUCAUUCUAGAUUCGAACAAACCCCCGACGAAAUUUA